AUGUGGAAAGUCGAUUUCAAUCGUUUGUUUGAGAAUUAUACUAACAACCGUAGAUAUCAAGAGAGCACCGUUGCUGCUCUUCUGUUCGGUAAUACUUCGUUGGCAGAAAUAACAAACGUUUUGUUUGGUUGUUUAUCAGAUUUUGAUGCCACAUUGGAUCUGAUACGCUUCAUUGAAAGUUCAUUACCUUCAAAUGUUAGUUUUCUCGGUACAUUGUCCCUCAUUAAUGUGGAAUAUCCUUACGAUCUGAAUUCAUUAGCUGUAUCUGUAGAAAGCACGGAAGGAUUCUUGAUGCUGUUUGCUGAUACAACAUCACUCGAAGUUCGAGACGUUGAUAGCAUUUUGAAAUUGAAUAAAGAGAUUGCUUUGCGACCGUCUUCUAUGAAAUCUUGUUAUGAUUUAUUGGUCCGGACAUCACUGUGGCUAAAUGUAAAUGUAAAUAUAAGUGGCAAGAAAAAUCUUGACGAAGUAAGCAACGCCGUCCUUUCGAAACUGGAUAAUAUUGAGUCCCUGUGUUUCACAUUUUCGAAUAAUAGUUUUGUCUUGGGUGGAAAUGAAGUAAUCGAUGCGAAGCAACUUAAUAAAGAAAUGCUACAAAUAAGUGGAUGUUUAUCCAAUGGAAAGAAAUUCGUAGAUUUUACACCAAUGAUACCGGUCAAGAAAAAUUCUGGUGACUUUUUACCGAAGCUUGUUCCAAUUGUAAAAAUUAGGAAAGAUUUUGCUGUAUUUUGCAACGUGAGAGCCGUGAUAACUUCGGUGGCUGAAAUACAGUCCGAUGAUGGUCCAACAGAUAUUCUCAUCCUAUUGCGAAGAGCACUGAAACGGACAGUAUAUCUUACUGAACGGUGUUUGUGUGAAUUUCUCAAUUUUAAUUGUGAACGUUUAACAAAUGUUAGAUGCAGUGUAUUUUCAACGAACAAUGGGUUACUGUCAGUGGUUUAUCCUGAUAUCCAAGAUGACAUGGUGUUACGAAAUUAUCGAGCAAGACUUCAUCGUAUUUUUAAUCUACCCUCUUACAAGCCGAUCUUGAGGCCUGCUCAAUCUCUUCAAUUUAAUCCUGAGGCGCAGAAAGUACUGCAGAAUCCUCAUUUGCAUAUCAGAUCUUAUAAACCAAAAGGAAAAGUAUAUAUUAUCAGUGGCUCUUAUAACUACCACCACUACAUGCAAGACGGGAUAAAUGACAGCGGUUGGGGUUGUGCUUAUCGUUCUUUCCAAACAUUGUGGUCUUGGUUUGUUCUUCAAGGUUAUAUCGACAAACCUACUCCAACGCAUCGUGAGAUUCAGCAAAGUUUGUACGAUUGUGGCGAUAAAGAUGCGAUGUUUGUGGGAAGUCAACAAUGGAUUGGAUCUAUAGAGCUUGGUUACUGUUUUGAAAAUAUGGCUGGCAUUGAAUCACGGGUGCUUACGACAAAUUCAGGCACAGAAGUAACAGGAAAUAUUCGUCAGUUGGCACUUCACUUUAAAACACAUGGUACACCCAUUAUGAUUGGUGGUGGUAUGUUAGCUCAUACGAUUCUAGGUGUUGAUUUCAAUGAAUCAACAGGUGAGGCAUCAUUUUUGGUUUUGGACCCUCACUAUUCCGGCGAUGAGGAUUUGCAUACAAUAAUAACGAGAGGUUGGUGCAGUUGGAAAAUGCCGAGUUUUUGGAAACAAGAAUAUUUCUAUAAUUUAUUGUUACCUAUCCCGCCACAAAAUGUUAUUUAA